UCCGCCCGACCCACCUCUAGUCCUAACAUUUUCCCGCCCAAGUUCCCAACCGACCGUCUUACAAUCACAUGCAUUCGACGUCAUGCCUGCGAUCAAGAAGCAGCAAAUGAGCCGUGCAGGUUCCUCGCGGGACGCUGCUGCGAAAAAAAUCAAAGCAUCACAGCGUGGCCCGUAUACGAAACCCAGCUCCAAGUCGCAUCAGCAACGGAAAGCGCGCGAAUCAGCAUCCGAGUCCGAAUCAGACCAAAGCAAUAGUGGAAAAGAAGAAGAGGUAGCUGAGGAAGACGAAGAAAGAUCUCAGUCAGAAAAUGACGCAGUGAGCUCCGGAAAAAAGACAUUCGCGGACCUCGGCGUUAGGGAAGAGUUGUGCGAAGCUUGCGCCAACCUCAAGUUCACAAAUCCGACGCCUAUCCAGGAGCAAUCUAUACCGCUGGCGCUCGGAGGGAGAGAUAUCAUUGGUUUGGCUGAGACGGGCUCAGGAAAGACAGCUGCGUUUGUGCUGCCGAUCUUGCAGGCCCUCAUGGAGAAGCCCCAAUCGCUGUUUGGCCUUGUACUUGCGCCGACGCGAGAACUGGCCUUUCAGAUCUCUCAGCAGGUUGAAGCGCUUGGUUCCAUCAUCAAUGUCAAGUGCGCUACACUUGUAGGAGGUAUGGACAUGGUCACCCAGGCCAUUGCUCUGAGCAAGAGGCCGCACAUAAUAGUUGCUACGCCCGGUCGGUUGCUGGAUCACCUGGAAAAUACAAAAGGCUUCUCUCUCAAACACCUCAAAUAUCUAGUCAUGGACGAGGCCGACCGACUGCUCGACCUCGACUUCGGACCUAUCCUUGACAAAAUCUUGAAAGUACUCCCACGAGAGGGCCGCCACACGUACCUCUUCUCUGCAACCAUGUCGACCAAGGUCGAAAAUCUCCAACGCGCCGCUCUCCACAACCCCCUCCGCGUCAGCAUCUCCACCAGCGCCCACCAAGUCGUUGCGACCCUAAUGCAGCGUUACAUCUUCCUCCCCCACAAACACAAAGAUCUCUACCUCAUCUACCUACUCACAGACGCCAUUGGCCAUCCCACCAUUAUCUUCACUCGCACAGUCAACGAAACCCAGCGCAUCGCCAUCCUCCUCCGCACCCUCGGUUUCGGCGCUAUCCCUCUCCACGGCCAACUCAGCCAAUCCGCGCGUCUAGGCGCGCUCUCGAAAUUCAAAACCAGAGCCCGCGAUAUCAUGGUCUGCACCGAUGUCGCCGCCCGCGGUCUUGAUAUCCCCUCUGUAGAUCUCGUCAUCAACCUCGACCUCCCCGCCGACAGCAAAACCUACGUUCACCGCGUUGGCCGCACCGCGCGUGCAGGCAAGAGCGGAAAAGCGAUUUCGUUUGUCACGCAGUACGAUGUCGAGCUUUGGCUGCGUGUGGAAACCGCGCUGGGCAGGAAGAUUGAGGAAGAGGUUAUUCCAAAGGAUGAGGCUAUGGUGUUGAUGGAUCGGGUUAGCGAAGCGCAGAUUGUGGCUGUGAGGGAGAUGAAGGAGAUUCACGAUAGGAGGGGGAGGAGGGGCGGUGGUGGUGCUUCUAGAGGUGGUGGACAUGGCAGACGGGGGAGAGAUGACAUGGAUCACGAGGAGGGUUAGUUUGAGUAGGGAGUUGGCUCCCUGCUGGGAUUUGCUUCAUGGAGUUGUCGGUGUUGGUGGCAAUUUCAUUAUAUGUAUCUUGUUACAUGGUUGGUCUCUUGGUACUGCUUCCUAUAUCCAGGAAGCAAAAGUGGUUAUCAUAAGGGCUGAGGAAGCGGGGAAGCCAGCUUUCUCUUCCUCGUUCAGUAAAAAAGUGUAGUCUUUGCUGUUCAACCAAUACAUCUUUUAACUAUUCAAAGCCUUGCAACAUACCCACAUACACAGAAAGUCGCUCCAUUACAUCCAACUCGCCAAACUCCCUUCGGUACCUUCCCUGUGCCCCCCGCUCCCACGAACCUCAUACGUUCCCCUCCCCCUCGUCCCUCGUCUUCCACCCAUAUUUCCCACCC